UAGGCUCUGCGUCGAUGUAACGCGGGACCAUAAAUCACGCUUCAGCCAGACUCGUCCCGCCGCGGCCGUUACAUUACCAGCUCCUGCUCCUCAUUACUCUCAUCUCUGCUGGGCGUUCAAACACCUACCACGAUGCCUACGAUAAAACUACAGAGUUCAGACGGGGAGAUCUUCGAGGUGGAUGUCGAGAUCGCCAAACAAUCCGUCACCAUCAAGACGAUGUUGGAAGAUUUGGGAAUGGAUGAUGAAGGAGAUGAUGACCCGGUUCCCCUCCCUAAUGUGAAUGCUGCCAUCCUCAAGAAGGUGAUUCAGUGGUGCACUCAUCACAAAGAUGACCCUCCUCCUCCUGAGGACGAUGAGAAUAAGGAGAAGAGGACGGAUGACAUUCCCGUAUGGGACCAAGAGUUCCUUAAAGUGGACCAAGGCACCUUGUUUGAGCUCAUUCUGGCCGCCAACUACUUGGACAUCAAAGGUCUGUUAGAUGUCACCUGCAAGACAGUGGCCAACAUGAUCAAAGGCAAAACCCCAGAGGAGAUCAGGAAGACUUUCAACAUCAAAAACGAUUUCACAGAGGAGGAGGAAGCCCAGGUACGCAAAGAGAAUCAGUGGUGUGAAGAAAAAUAAAGGGGAGAAUCCUGCCAACACUACCACACUGAAAAGGAUUGUCUCUUAACUGGUUGCACUGGUGUUGUUCAUACUUGUUAAUAUUUACAUUUAGUGUAUUUAGCGCAUAAACCACCUCUCAUCCCCACUUCCUCUAAUUUCUCUCUAACAAACAAUAGCAUGGCCAUUUUAACUUGCCUGUGUGGUGUCAUUAAUUUAAAGCUACAAUACUCUGUACCAUUUCCUCUCAUGUGAUGCAUUGACUUAAGUCUCGGUUUCAUGGCUUUCUACCUUAUAUAUUAAAAGAAAAAAGUCAUAAAUACCCCCAGAUUUUCCUCUUAAUUAAACGCUCUGGUUGUCUUUUUUACUGGACAUGUUAGUAUUCUUUUAGGUUAAUUGAAUUUAAUAAAAAGAUGACUUUUUUGACGAUUGAAAAGCAAGGGUGAAUGUUAUUUUUGCUCUGUAAAUGUGUUUUUUUUUUUUUUGUGUGUGGAACCAUCUUAAGAGGAGCUGUUAAUUAGAAAAGUGACGUUGAGAUGGAACAUGUUUUUGGUAGCGUCCUGCCACACAGCAGGACAUCAACCCGUGCUGUGGGACUGAUGCUGAUUCUUCUCUUUUCUUUGUUUUUGGGAUGUUCAAACCGUUGAAGGAGUAAAUAAAACCUAUUAAAAAUG